AUGAACUUCGAUGAAUCACCAUUUAUCUCAGAACAAUUUGCGAAGAUACAACGUCAUCGUCUGGCAUGUGUCUCUGGAUGUUCGGUUCGUUGUGACAUGGUAACACGGAGAAGGCAAAGACCAGCAGGACCUUUUUUGUGUCUGUAA